CACCAACUGCCACGAUGAUCAGCUCUCGCCCAAUAGGUAUAGCGUUUGAGGGCGACUACCGCCAUUUGACGAAGACCCCAGGCAAUAGAAUGCUGAAAUCACGAGGUGCACUCCAGGAGAAUGUUGGCCGCCACGUACCCGUCACAGUCGAUGGAAAAGCGAAGAAAGCUGCGUUGCAACAAGCUCCGUUUUACCCAAAUACAUUGCAACCGCAGAAGAUCCUGAAAGGUCAUGAUGGACCAACCAAAUCCAAGGGAAAGGAACCGGUCAUACUCGCACCCUCUCGACCUCUGGGCGACAAAACGCCCUUUCCUAACCGCGUUGCCAACCAUGCCACACCAUUGCAAAUGACAAAGCCCAUUUUUGAUGUCACACCCGGUGCACUUCUUCGCCCAAGUUCCGCACGAAAACAUGUUAGACUUCCCCGCAGCGCCAGCAACAGCUUUCAGACACCACUUACUGGUGGAAACCACUGGGAUGUUAGUGAUAUAGACAUUAAUCCAGAGGUCGUAGCGGCGCCCAAUCAAUCGAUUGAAGAAGAAGACUACGAUGAAAUCGAGUACAUGCCUCCGAAGCUACCUGAAAUGCCAUACGAACCUCCAUUUGAACUUCCGGAUUAUAAAGAAGUCGGGAGAACCCUCCUCGCUCUUACCUACUCCUACCCGAUCGACGAUAUACCGACACAUGUUACAUCCAUGGAAUUCACGUCAGCUGAACCUGACGACAAUUUUUUUGCCCUAGGCAAAUUAUCUCUCCCCCAUCUCGAUGAUGAUAGUCUAUUCUCGCAGGCCAAUUCUGCACCGAAGCCUGGGCCCGAGGUGGCUCGAGUUCCUCCGUCAUCGAAGAACACUACUCGCUCAACUCGAGUUACAGCAUCGAGAACUAUUCGCGCCGCAUCCGCAGUAGGUCAUUCGACUACGGCUGAUACCUCCCGUCCAAGAUCUGGCCCACAAACUGUUUCUCGUCCUGCCGUUACGCGUCCAGGUAUGACAACUUCCAAGCCAGCGACCCGCGCAACAUCGAGUGCCACGGUCGUGAGGGGAAAUACGUCUAGAACACCCUUAACGCGUGCGCCCUCGACAACUGUAUCUCGAGCGCCUUCCACCACCGUGAUGACGAGGACGCGUCCCGCAAGUGCAUUAGCCACUGGUAUCAAACCCCAAGCAGGUCCGGCAAGUGGGAAAUUUGGAGCGCAACUGAGGGCAAGUGCACAUGUGAAGAGUGGUAUGUCGACGAAGAAGACAGUUCAAGAAAUCGGGAUUGUCUUUGGGGAUAGUUUGCAAGAAGAAGAAUUUAGGUUUAGCGUCUAAGUUUGUGAAUUUUUGCUUAGAUUCCGUACACAAUACAAAUUAGUUUACUGUCUACAUGUAAACAUAACUUAAGUUGUAUGCUAGUUGUAUCAUAGCCCAUCGUCUUGAAGCACAC